AUGGAGAUGUGUGUUCUGGGUCCUCGCCGGCACCGUCGCCUUUGCUGCGAUAGGUCUGUUCCUGUUUACGCCCGAAUCAUUCUGGGACCGCGCACCGACACCAAAAGCGACCUCGCGGCGGCCGAGUCUGAUGCGGCGGAUAUCCUCGCGGUUCGGGAAGCCCGUUUGGGACAUACCCAUACCCACCAGCCGGGCGAGCUCGCACCGGUGGCGGAGGCAACGCCCCAGAUAUCGCCUCUGUCCGGCGCAGCCUUGAGAGGUGACCCUAGGCCUCGCGUCGGAUUUGCCCCCGUCCUCACCAAGUUCCAGAUCCCCGAAGCUUACAUGUACCGCGAGCACCCGAGACCCCGCCACCCACAACCCUUAAUAACACCUCACUUACUUCCGCGACGGGGUUGGCAUCGCCCCCAACCGUCCGACGGCCCCGACCCGUCCCAGCAAGAUAAAUCGGACACUAGCAUAUUCUGGGCGGGCGAUACACCAGUAAACCCAACCUUGCAGGGCGAUGCAGGCCUCGACGUAGAAAAGCUACCGUCGCCGAGACUCAGCCUGGAACACUCCUCGGGAAGGCAGGGCGGCCCCCAAUCUAGGGCAAACCCGUACACGCAUCGACUGAGGGACGGGCCUCCACAAACUUUUAUCCAACAGCUGCGCCCGUUCCACGGACGCUUGAGCAAAGACGCGUGGUGGAAAGUGAUGCUGCGCCCCUUUGUUCUCUAUUCCUACCCAGCCAUCCUCUGGUCGGCAGCCGUGUAUUCGUGCUCGGUGGGAUGGCUCAUCGUCAUGUCGGAAUCGUUGGCCAUGAUUUAUCAGAACAAGGAAUCGUACAACUUCACGCCGCUCCAAACAGGACUCGUGUAUAUCUCCCCCUUUGUAGGAGGACUCUUUGGUACUGCCGUGGCCGGAAAGCUGUCCGACGUCAUCGUGCAGGCUAUGGCGGCGCGCAACGGCGGUCUCUACGAACCCGAGUUCCGCCUCGUCAUGGCCUUGCCCAUUGCAAUCUCUACGGUGCUUGGGCUCAUAGGAUUUGGCUGGUCAGCGGAGGAGAGAGACCACUGGAUGGUGCCGACGGCGUUUUUCGGCAUCAUCUCGUUUGGUUGCUCGCUCGGGUCCACCACGUCCAUCACGUUUUGCGUCGACAGCUACCGACAGUACGCUGGCGAGGCUUUGGUGACGCUCAAUUUCAGCAAGAACAUCCUUCACGGCCUCGUGUUCAGCCUUUUCUUCACGCAUUGGCUGUCUAGCGAUGGGUCGAAGAUGGUAUUUAUGUGGACGGGUAUUAUUCAUCUUGUAGUCAUGUUGACAACGAUUCCGCUGUUUAUCUACGGCAAACGGCUUCGCAUGUGGACGGUGCGGAAGAAUAUGCUGGAGAGGACUUUGAAGGGCUAG